AUGAAUUGGAUUGUCUAUGGAAGUAGUUGCAGAAAUGGGUGUUUUGUCUAUACUUGAAAAACAUCCAAAACAGCUUUUGAAAGCGAGGCCUCAAACGUCUCGGUUAUAGCUCGUCCUCUGCUUCUGCUCUGUAAAAAAACAUGGCCCUACCUCUCCUCUCUGCUUCGUUUUUUGGGUCUCUCUGAAUUUUUCUGGGUUGAAAGAAACCUCCGUUAAUUUGCCGUCGAAGCGAUAAGUACGAAUUAUUGUUUGUUUUUUUUUUCUUCAUUGAUUGUUUUCCUUAGGUUGGGGAAACCCUCUGAUUGAUACUUGUUCAUCUGGAAUCUGCAUCCGUUGAAGUUCUGCUUGGAUUGCUCUGUUCAUCCAAGCUUGUAAGUUGAACUUGUCUAGUACCCACUUCGUUUUUCAUAUUGAAUACAGAUUUCGAAGUAAGAUCAGGGCUCUGUUGUUGGGUUUAUUGAAGAUUGUUAUUUAGAAACUGGGUUCAUUUGAUUUGGCGUCUUUUUCAAUCUGAAACUAAGAUGACAUCGAGAGUAGAAAUUGAUGAGGACUCUGAAACGAAGGGAAGUAUGUGGGUUCUAGACCAGAAGCUGGAUCAGCCUAUGGACGAAGAAGCUGGGAGACUUAGUAACAUGUACAAAGAGAAGAAAUUCUCGGUAUUGUUGCUUCUUCGACUUGCAUAUCAAAGCCUUGGAGUGGUUUAUGGAGAUUUGGGGACUUCUCCUCUAUACGUCUUCUACAAUACAUUUCCUCAUGGGAUAUCUGAUCCGGAGGAUGUAAUUGGAGCACUUUCAUUAAUUAUAUACUCUCUUACUCUCAUUCCACUCAUAAAGUAUGUAUUUAUCGUGUGUAAAGCAAAUGACAAUGGUCAAGGUGGAACAUUUGCUCUUUACUCCUUGUUAUGUCGUCAUGCAAAAGUAAAAACUAUUCCAAACCAACAUCGAACUGAUGAAGAGCUAACAACAUAUAGCCGCUCUAAAUUUCAUGAGCACUCAUUUGCUGCUAAAACUAAAGGAUGGCUUGAAAAACGAUCAUCCAGGAAGAAUGCUUUGCUCAUUCUUGUUCUUGUUGGCACUUCCAUGGUUGUUGGAGAUGGAAUUCUCACUCCUGCAAUAUCGGAUGUAGUUGUGCUUGUUGCUGUUGUAAUACUAGUGGGAUUAUUCAGCUUGCAACGCUACGGUACUGAUAGAGUUGGUUGGCUCUUUGCUCCAGUUGUGCUACUUUGGUUUCUAUUAAUUGGAGGUAUAGGCAUGUUCAACAUCUGGAAAUAUGAUAAAACGAUUCUACGAGCCUUUUCACCUGUGUAUAUUUUUCACUAUUUUAGAAGGCGAGGGAUGGAUGGUUGGACGUCCCUCGGAGGCGUGUUGCUGAGUAUAACAGGCACAGAGGCUUUAUUUGCGGAUUUGGCUCAUUUUCGUGUAGCAGCUAUACAGAUUGCUUUUACAGUAAUUGUUUUUCCCUGCCUUCUCCUGGCAUAUUCUGGACAGGCUGCCUACCUUAUGAACAAUACGGAGCAUGUGGCUGAUGUCUUCUACCAUUCAAUACCAGAUUCCAUAUAUUGGCCCGUGUUUGUUGUGGCAACGGCUGCUGCUGUGGUUGCUAGUCAAGCCACUAUAUCUGCAACAUUUUCAAUAAUCAAGCAGGCUCUUGCUCAUGGCUGCUUUCCAAGAGUUAAAGUUGUUCAUACCUCAAAGAAUUUCCUUGGUCAGAUAUAUGUUCCAGAUAUUAACUGGAUUCUCAUGGUUCUGUGCAUUGCUGUGACAGCAGGAUUUAAGAAUCAAAGUCAAAUUGGAAAUGCUUAUGGGACAGCGGUUGUGGUAGUCAUGCUUGUGACCACACUGCUCAUGAUUCUAAUCAUGAUCUUGGUGUGGCGCUGUCAUUGGAUCAUCGCCCUGAUAUUCACUGGACUCUCGCUUGUUGUAGAAUGCGGUUACUUUUCAGCUGUUCUCUUCAAGGUUGAUCAAGGUGGCUGGGUUCCCCUAGUGAUUGCUGCGGCCUUUCUUAUCAUCAUGUACGUGUGGCAUUAUGGUACUGUUAAACGAUACGAAUUCGAGCUGCACAGUAAAGUUUCAAUGGCAUGGGUUCUCGGUCUUGGUCCCAGUCUAGGACUUGUCCGCGUUCCUGGAAUUGGGCUUGUCUAUACCGAGCUAGCAAGCGGCGUACCUCACAUAUUUUCCCAUUUCAUUACUAAUCUCCCAGCUAUCCAUUCUGUCGUUGUGUUUGUCUGUGUGAAAUAUCUCCCAGUCUACACAGUGCCAGAGGAAGAAAGAUUCCUUGUCAAGCGGAUAGGAACAAAGGAUUUCCACAUGUUUCGUUGCGUUGCUAGAUAUGGUUACAAAGACCUCCACAAAAAAGAUGAUGAUUUUGAGAAAAAGCUUUUUGAUAGCAUCUUUCUCUUUGUCAGGCUUGAAUCCAUGAUGGAGGGUUGUUCAGACUCUGAUGAGUACAGUUUGUAUGGGCAGCAAACUGAGCGUUCAAGGGACGGCCUGUUGAUUGGCAGCCAUGGCAAUGCAGCAGCUUCAUCCAAUGUGGGCCCUACCCUCUCGUCAGUCGACUCAAUCGUGCCGGUUGGAUCUAACACAGAAAGAUCAUGUGAGCAAGCAAGCAACCAUACUGAUAGCGAUGAGAUUGAGUUCUUGAUUAGGUGUAGAGAUGCUGGGGUGGUGCACAUUCUGGGAAACACUGUAAUUAGAACAAGGGAAUCGAAAUUCUUCAAGAGGAUAGCUGUGGAUUACGUAUAUGCCUUUCUUAGGAAGAUUUGCAGGGAGAACAGUGUGAUUUUCAAUGUUCCUCAUGAGAGUUUAUUAAACGUUGGCCAAAUUUUCUAUGUAUAGUCCAUUUGAUUCAUUGAUGGAACAGGGAGAGUGAAUCAAAUCUGUUAGAUAUACUUUCUUGAAUUACAUUUUUUUUUA